AGGGUAGUCCUCAUCCCCUUGUACCACACGGUUGUAGGUAGUCACGCUUGUGAAUCUAUUGGUGGGGAGUAGGAGUUGUGGCUGCAAACAGGCGCGGGACUUCCAUUCAUGCUCAGUAGUCUGCCAGAGUCGCAGUGAUAGUGCAGUCAGUGAAUGUCACACGGAUGUGCCAAAACUUCGAGUGAUUUCGUGCAUCGUUUUGAAUUGGAUUAACGUCAAAUAUUGUUUUUUUUGUUGUUGUUAUUGUUGCGGUAAACCACACACGGAAUAGCCACUAGCUGAUUUCAGAUGAUGAACCAUGCAGUGGGAACUGGGCUAGAAGGAUUUGCAGGUUUUCUCCGAAUCAGUGAAGAAGAAACCAUCAGAAAAUGUGAAUAGCUGCGAAGAAAAGUAUCAUCACGUCGGUGCCUUUAUUCGUGUGAUCCCAAACGGUGCCUUUAAUUGAAUCCAUCUAGUCCGAAUUGGAAGUGCAAUCUUUGUUUAUUAUUACUUUCUUUGAAAAACAAGACUCGAGCAAUUGUGAUAUAUCCCAGAAGAGAAUACUCUUCUAACCGAGCAAAUCUAAUCAAACGAGAGCAAAGGAACUGAUCUGUCGAAUUUGACGUUUGAUCUUUUGAAAUUAUACAUUCGGUUGCGAAUUGUGCGGACGAGGAUCUCGAAUCAUGCAGCACUACAAUACCAUCGGCAGGGAGAGGAAGGGCUCGAUGACCACCGUCAGCAACUGGUUCUCGUCUUUGCGGCGGACACCAAAGAAGCCGAAGUCGCCUCCCAAGAAUCUUUCAUCGAAGAGCGACUGGGAUCUAUCACUUCACACCUACGCACAGCGAUCGCAAUUGAAAGAUGAGCUGUCAGAGGUUGUAUCGGAAGUGGAGAGCCUGGAAAGCGGCGAGGAUGGGAAGAGUCGCAGUAAAGCGAAAAUGAUGUCUAUUGGGAGGAAGAAGUUCAACAUGGACCCGAAAAAGGGGAUUGAGUACCUGAUCGAGAACGGAUUGCUGCAGGAGACCCCUGAAUCCGUGGCGCAGUUCCUGCAUAAGGGCGAGGGCCUCAAUAAAACAGCCAUCGGGGAUUACCUGGGCGAAAAGAACGAUUUCAACGAGAACGUCUUGAAGGCGUUCGUUGAGCUACACGAUUUCACCGAUCUUAUCCUAGUCCAGGCUUUGAGGCAAUUCUUGUGGAGUUUUCGGCUGCCAGGGGAAGCGCAAAAAAUCGAUCGCAUGAUGGAAUGUUUCGCAAAACGAUACUGCGAUUGUCAAGGGAAUAAUAUCUUUGAGAAUUCCGACACCUGCUACGUGCUUUCCUUCGCUAUAAUUAUGCUGAACACAAGUUUGCAUAAUCCAAGCGUUAAAGACAAGCCAACUAUAGAGCAAUUCAUAAAGAUGAAUCAAGGGAUCAAUAACGGACAAGAUUUACCCAGGGAACUGCUAGUGAGUUUGUAUGAUAGCAUAAAGGCGGAACCCUUCAAGAUACCCGAAGACGAUGGUAACGAUCUAAUGCACACGUUCUUCAAUCCGGACAAGGAGGGUUGGCUUUGGAAGCAGGGAGGACGCUAUAAGAGUUGGAAACGACGGUGGUUCAUACUGAACGACAAUUGUUUGUACUAUUUUGAAUAUACGACCGACAAGGAGCCAAGGGGGAUCAUCCCCCUGGAGAAUAUAUCUGUGAGGGAGUGUACGGACAGACAGAAACAGCACUGUUUCGAGUUGUACGCGAGUGGUGGAGCCGAGUUCAUAAAGGCUUGCAAGACUGAUUCAGAAGGUAAAGUUGUGGAGGGCAAACAUCAGGUGUACAGGAUGAGUGCGAGCAGCGAGAACGAGAAAAAUGAUUGGAUGCUGCGGCUGGGUCAGAGCAUAAGCCAUCAUCCUUUUUACGAUAUGCUGGCAAACAGAAAACGUAAGGCCCAACACAACCACGCCAAAAAUUGAUUUAUUUAUUAUCAUAUUAAAAAUUCGAUUGAAAAUAUUCCACUUGUAUUAUUUUUACUUUCUUUGUUGAUGAUUUGUAUUUAUUUGUAUUUUUUUUUUUGUUUGUUUGUUUAAAACUAGUCCCCCAUCCUCCCAAAUCCACUCCAAAACUUGAAGCAACACACCUAAGUUUUUGACCAAUAUUUAUAUUAAUUUAUUAAACCAAUUUGUUAAUAUAUGAGAAAUGAACUUUGUAAAUAUAUAAAA